AUGACAACGCUAGUUAAGUUAUUGUAUUUAAAUCCAUCGGCAAUUUCAUUAAUUUCGUCAAUUGAAGUUACAUUUUCCUCGGCCAAAAAUUCAACAACCUCAAGUCAAAAUUCGCGUAAAUCCGUCCAAAUUGCAGUAGGCGAGUGUACAACGCACGUUGUAUUUAUCAGUUUCGGUUUCGCCGGAAAAUUUGUUUGCGGAAAAAUCGAAAAGUACCAUGUCGAAGCGCUUGAAUAUGGGCAGCACCGAGCGAACGUCGAUCGGCGCCAUUUUCUUCAGCACCCAUCGGAUCUACCAGUAUCUCAUCGCCAUGUCAGGCACUAUAUGCAUCAUAUCAUCGGAAAUGCACUUCGGCUGGACGUCCCCUUCGCUACCGUCCCUCACCGACGGCUCCUACAAAUUCCGCAUCUCCAACACCGAGGCCUCCUGGCUGGCGGUCAUCCUCCUGGCGGGCACCAUCCUCGGCGCCGUCAUCGCCGGCCGGCUCACCGACAUCCUCGGCCGCAAGAAGAUCAUCCUCAUCACCGCCGUGCCGCUCUGGAUCGGCUGGAUCACCAUCGGCUUCGCCCGCAGCUCGGCCGCCCUCUUCGUCGCCCGCUUCGUCGCCGGCAUCUCCAGCGGACUGUCCUUCUCCACCGUGCCCAUGUACCUCGCCGAAAUCGCCGAACCCAAAAUCAGAGGAUUGGUGACAUCGUUGUGUCCGGUUUGCGUGGUGGUGGGCGUGCUGUGCAUCAAUCUGCUGGGGUCCGUAUUCCCCAUCGACACGGCGGCGUUCAUAGCGAGCUCGCUGCCUCUGAUCCUCUUCCUCACGUUCAUCUGGAUGCCGGAGAGCCCCUCGUACCUGCUGCAGAAGAACAAGCGCGACAAGGCCAUCAAGGUGUUGAACCUGCUGCGCGAGAAGAACGAGGCCGCCGCCGAGCUGGAGAGGAUCACCAAGAGCUUGGAGGAGAGCAAAGAGGAGGAGUGCGGCAUCUUGGAUUUGGUGCUCGACAAGACCAACAGGAAGGCGACUUUCAUCGGAUACGGUUUGAGGACGGUGCAGCAAUGUUGCGGCGCCACCGCUUUGACCUUCUACUGCAAAACAAUCUUCCACGAGAGCGAGAGCAUCCUGUCCUCGGACGUUUCGGCUAUAAUCUACUUCUCCUUGCAACUGCUGGUGUCCAUAUUGGCUAUAUUCCUAGUGGACGUCUACGGCAGGAAACCUUUACUUCUAGUAUCGACUACAGGAAGCGCCCUGACGUUGCUCUCGAUGUCCGUGUACCUCUUCUUCAAGGACUACACCGGCGUCGCGAUGACCGGCGCCAAGGUCAUACCUUUGGUGUCGCUGUUCCUCAACGUGAUCUUCUUCAGCAUCGGCAUCCGCAUCGUGCCGUUGCUGAUGAUGGGCGAGGUGUUUUCGAGGAAGAUCAAGGGCAAGGCGCUGUGCAUCGGUACGAUCUACUACAGCCUGCUGGCGAUGCUGUUCGCCAAGGUGUUCUACGACACCAAGGAGGCGUUCGGAUUGUUCGUGCCGUUCCUGGCGUUCUCGGUGCUGGCGUUCGCGAGCAUAUUCUUCGUGGUGUUCGUCAUACCGGAGACGAAGGGGCUGAAUUUGGAGGAGAUACAGGAGAACCUGAAGGGCGGCAGCCGGUGCUCGGAGACCACGGCGAGUAGUAAGUCUUGA